AUGGACACUCUGUGUAAUAUGAUCAUCGUUGUCAAACAAAACGAUGUACUUAUUGAAAUAAUUCAUUCGGGCUGCAAUUGUUACAUCUCAUUGAUUGUAAGUGAAGAAGAAGUAGUCAACUUGAAAUGCUUCAGCUAUUUUAAACAAAGUCACCAAAAAAAAAUGAAUGCAGAUUACUCAUUCACCGAUCCGACGUGGAAGUUACCUCCGAUAACAAAUCCUAGUAGUAUGCACUCUGUCACGUAUGAUGCAUCACAAUUACCACCUAACCAAAACACGAAUGAUGAUGCGUCAACUUGGAAUAAUCAACCAAGUAACGUUCGAUAUAAUCCUCCAAUAAAUCAGCAAGAACAAGGAGAGUAUUAUAGUCAACCGGAUCCGUAUUCUCAACCACCACCUCAGCCUUAUCAGCAGCCGGAGCAACAAUUUUUUCAAUCGGGUCCUCCUGUUUCUCAACAUCCUCCUCCUCAACCUCAACCAUAUCGACAACCUGAGCAGCAGUUUUUUCAACCUCGUCCUUCUGUUUCGCGUCUUCCUCUUCAACCACAUCAACAAGAACAAGAAAAACAGUUUCCCCAACCUGGUCCCCCUGCUUCUCAUCUUCCUUCUCCACCAUAUCAACAACCUGAACAGCAGUUUUUUCAACCUCGUCCAUCUGUCUCGCGUCUUCCUCUUCAGCCACAUCAACAAGAACAAGAAAAACAGUUUCCCCAACCUGGUCCCCCUACUUCUCAUCUUCCUUCUCCACCAUAUCAACAGCCUGAGCAGCAGUUUUUUCAGCCUGGUCCUCCUGCCUCGCAUCCCUUUCAUCAAUCAUAUCAACAACCAGAAGAACAUUUGAUGCAUAAUCGAUUUCCUCCAUCUCGCCCUCAAAUGGGAGAACGGCCAAAGCCACCUGGACCUCCUGCUCCUUCUCAGCCUCCUCAAUUCUAUCAACCCGCAAGGGAACGUUUUAUAGAACAGAAUGCACCACAACCUCCGCCAGUGCCUCAUCCUCAGUUCAACCAACAAUCCACUAAUCAACACAGAAAUAUCGUUAACCAUAGCGACAACUUUGAUUUUGCACAUAAUACUAACACUGAAUAUCACAUGCCAAGACAACAACAACAACAACGUAAUCAUGGACUUCCCAAUGCGGAGCAUAACAAUCAAGGAGGUAAUUUCCCACCGUUACCUCAACCAGCACCAAGACGUUUACAAAAUGCCGAUCACAAUCAUCAAUCAUUCUUUACUGAUUUGGCACCUAACCAAGAAAAUGAUCACUCAUUGGAAAUGCACAACUUUGAACAGAAGACGAAGUCACAUAGUCGCUCGACUAACGACGAUAUGUUUGAUUCGAUCCAAUCCACUAAUCAUCGUUCAAAUAAGAUGAAUAUUCACGAAUAUCUUUAUGGACUGUCGGUCGCUGAUUCUGGUAGCUAUGUAAAAACAUUCAAAAACCAACGUCGUCUCCUAAGCGAUGAGCGAAACAAUCAUCGAGGAGUGAUGAAUGAAUAUAAAAGUUUUCUUCAAAAUGGUGGCUUCGGUCCCCAGUUCGGUAAAGUUAACCAGCAGACACUGCAAGAAAAGAUGGAGAUAGAGAAUAAGAAGAAGUUAUAUUCAAAACAAGUCCGAGCGAUCAACCAACAGAAAAUUGAAGAUCAAAUGCGAUUGAAAAACAGUGGCGAACAAUUACGAAAUCGAACGUAUGCCGCGCCUGUCAUUCAACAUCGUCGACAACACGAACUUACUUCUCACCUUUUAUUCACACCGGAAGUGAAAGAAUUCGAACGAAAAAUCAAACGUGAUCAUGACGCCAGUUGUAAAUGUUCUUUGCAUUCACGACCAUUUCAUUCGUCGGCUUAA